AUGGCAGAGUCAGCAGAUAAAGUGGGCCAAGUGGAGCAAGUGGAGCAGCCAUCGGAGCCAUUGCAGCCAGAACAAGCAUACACACACACACAGCUACAGCAACACACUCAACAACCCCCUAAACCCAGAAGAAAUCUCAGAAAAACUAAAGAAGAAGACAGCGGAGGUAUCGACAAGUUUGAGCUACCAAAAAGCACAGUCACGAAGCUAGCUAAAGAGGGAGUGCCGGAUGGUGCCAAAUUUCAGAAAGACACGCUACUAGCUAUACAAAAGAGUAGCUCCGUCUUUAUAAACUGGCUGGCUUCGUCGGCACAGGAGAAGGCACACGAUAAGAAGAACAAGACUAUAAACGCAGAGAAUGUUUUUGCGGCUGUCAAGGAGAUGGAAUUGGGUGGUGAGCUGGAUGAGUUGCUUAACGAUGAGUUGGCAGCGUACAGGGAGAUACAAAGCACAGGCAGGAAGAAAGAUAAUGAGCAAGAAGAGCAAGAUGUACAAGAUACAAACGAAUUUGAUCCUAGUGUAAUUGAAGAAUAA